GCUAAAGAAAAAUUUUUUGAUGUUCCGCCAACAGAUCGCGUGGAGGCUACCACUUGUGGUGCAAACGAGGCCGAGGUCCUCAUCGAGACGCCUCAUUCGGGUCACUUUCACCAUCCCGGUUGGCCCGCCAGUUACGGCCCCGACGUCAGAUGCCUUUACCGGUUUAUCGCCCCACCAGGACGAAAGGUGCUCAUCGAAUUCACUUGGUUCCACAUCGCCGGACUCUCCUCCUAGUAAAUAUUUAGCUCUUUCGCUGAGAUAUUCUGUCAUACUUCUGUUUUGA